AAGUUGGCUUAUAAAUUCUUAAGUUCUCCUAACUGUUUAAAAAUAGUUCCAAUGUGUUUGUCAGCAAAGUAAAAUCUCCAAGAGUGGCCUAUUAGAUUUUCCCGGCAGCUUCAGUGUGGUAUAAUUUAUGUAUAAUAACAAUACCUUUUUAAAGAAUACACUUUGUUGACAUGUGACAUAGGUAAGCAGCAAUGAAGCCAUCACCACAGUAAGAUGGUAAACACAGUCAUCAUUCCUAAAGGUUUGCCCCUGCUCCUUUGUAAGCCUUCUCUCCUCCCUCUCCUUCAUGAGGAGGCAUUUGAGAGGUAUGCUUAUAACCUCCUGGAGGCUGUUUGAAGAUUGUUAAUAAAGAUGAUUCUUUGUGACAGAUAUUAUAAAUGUCUUUGAUACUCUUCAUUAUCUCAAAUAUUAUUUCAGCUUGUCCAUAUUUUGGCUGACCAUUUCCCUGUUGGCUCUCGUGUGAUCGGAAUUUCGUGGAAGCUUACUGUUAUUACUGCCACCCUUGCAAUUUGCACAUGUCUGAUUUACCUCUGGAGAGUUGUCCUUGCUGUACAGCCUCAAGUAUAUCAAGAUCAAUGAAUCAAAGAAAUGUCUUUAAGAAACUAAAAGAAAUUAAGUUUCUUUCUGAUGAAGCUCUUAAAUUAAAGGAGGACAUCAAAACAGUUGAAUAUUUUAAUGAAAUUUUAAGUGACAGUCUUCAAAGUGCACGUGCUACCUUGCAAUCUGAGAGAGAGAAGAAUGUCAAGAAUAACGGCUUGUCACAAGAUGGAAAUGGUGAAUUCGAGGAUUGAGAGCUGAGAACCUUGAGGUCCAAUAACUGUGAACUGGAAG